UCGACGGCGGCGCGUCGCGGGUCGAGUGUCGCGCGCAGGUCGUGCUCCGUCGUCCGAGGGAGAAGACGCAGAGGAGGAAGCGGGAGGAUCACAGGUCGGCUGGCGAAAUGCGCGAGAAACCGCGGGCGGCUCGCGGUCUCGCAGGGAACGACGAGGGGCACUAGCUCGGUACCUGGGAGCGGCGCGUUUAGAAAGUUCGCGAGAGACGCGGCGGGUGCCGCGCGCGUCUCUCCUCCCCGUCAUCUCUCUUCCGCUUCGUACUUUUUCCGCGUUCCCGCGAGCCCGCCAAGGAGAAAGCCUCUUUCUCCGCUCGCGUACGAGGAUGACGACGAUUUGCCGAGCCACCGCUCGGUGCAGCGCGAUCUGUUCCGCGCCGCGUCUGUGAUUAGAUUAAGGGAAGGAAGUGCUGCAGCGUCGUCUACAGCACGAUGCGGCAUAGGAGAAGGGUGCAUAGAUAGAGGUAGAGCGAAGGAGAGAGAGAGAGAGAGAGAGGAUUUCCUUUGUAGAGGAUGCUGCGCCUGCGGGCGCAAUGAUCCCGCGAGGAAACGUUCGCAGCUCUGUCUUCCUCCCAGAGAUCUCGUUACAGGAUCGGCGCGAUGAUUGCCUUAGAGAAAAAACGAGGAUCGUUGCUCGCAGAUCGACGACGACCGUUCUCACUCGCGUUUGUACUCGCAAACGAGACCGAUCGUCUUCCAAGGAGUGUCUUCCGCAACCUCAGCCGUUUUCCCGCGGGCUAUUUCUCCCCGGGUCGAUUAGAUCGAGCGUCACCGUGCCACUCACGCAUUCCCGGACCUGGAGACUCGGGAACCAUACGGAGUCGAAUAGUCCACGCGAGGUGGACGAGUGUCAAUUCCGUUGAGCGCUCGACGCCCCUCGU